AUUCGAUUUACAUUAUUGCGCCAUGAAAAUAUGAAAAUUUAUUGAUUCGAAAAAUUUGUAAUUAAUGCGAUUGAACACAAGACGCAUAGGAGGGGGAAAGUUUGAAAUAAAAAGUCUUUUGAGGCGUCGCGGUAUCAGGCGAGCACAAGUUAACCUAGCAAGAUGCUAGUUGACUGUUACGAAUUUUAUUCAACAUUUUUGAUGCGUGUACUUGGAUUUUUUGGAAAAUUUACUCGGAAGACUUUUUGACCCGUACAACUUUAAUACGAUUGAAAGUGAAUAUCUGUUGCGAGCUGUGCAUAAUACUGAUAUAAAGACGUACCACAUAUCCUGUUUGUUUUGACGCACAAGAGACUAUAACCUAACAAUGCGAAUUUUUGAACAUCAUCUUCAAACGCGUUAAGAUUUUUGCGUAUUUGUUUUUGAAAAUGGAACGAAACGACGAAGAGUGGUCGGUUGAGUGCUCUGAUGAAGAAAAAUAUGAAGUAGAUUCAAAGAAUGGGUGGAUACUCAAACCCAAUGACAUAGUAGCACUUAUCGAAGGCCUGGAGGCAAAUGGUAGAAUUUUGGAGCUCGAGUGGAAAUGUCCUGGCAGACGUGGACCUUCACCUGUGCCAUCGAACAAUCACCAGCAAGAUCAUGGCAUGCAAGAAUACAAGCUUGAAGAGAAAUCGGAUUUUGACUUUAUGGAUGAGAUGUCAUCACCAAGGUUGCCAGUACGUAGAGUAGGUGAAAGUACACCAAAAGGCAGUGCAAAAAAGAAAACAGCAAGUUUCAAUGGAGUAUUGUCUACAAUGUUACGCCAUCGUCGACUGGAGCAGCAAGAAAUAAAUGCCAGUCCGAAGAAAAGCGAAGCUGAUUCACCAGGUCCUAAGUCACAGCCCACCUAAUUCGCUCUUAUGAGACAUUAAUUGUCAAAGAUAGUUACAAAAUUUGGGAAUAAUUCAGAAAUCUUUAAUUUUCCUUGUGGUUGAGAUAUCAUCUUGUGUCAAUUGACCCUUGUUGAUGCGUCGAAAAAGAUGAAAAACCAGGCAGGAACAAGAUAGGACUGUGCAAAUUGUAGAUAAAUCGCAUCAACUAGAAUAUCAAUGUCGGAGCAUUUUUCAUAUCGUCUAUUCCCGAGAUUAACACUACCUGAUGAAAGGUAUUGCUCUUUUAUCCUCUGUGAGGAUACAAAUUGAUAAAUAAUCGAUCGAUUAAAUUAUGGUUUCCAAUUUAAUUGAAUAGCAUCAUCAACCUCUUCCUUUAAUCGAUCAAUUAAUUACAUAAUUACAUAUAUAUAUAUAUAUCAAGCUAUAAGCAACAUAUUGUACAAAGGAUUUUAAAUACAAAAAUAUAGAUACACAUUUA